AUGAUAGCCAAUAGACGGCCCGAGAAACCAUUGGAGGAGCGAGGGGAUGGUAUCAGCGAGCUCGACGGCGAGGACUCGGGCUUUGAAUACGUCGACGAGGAGAUGGAUGAGACUGAGCCUUAUGAAUUUGACACUCCACCGGAAAGUAUAGCCGACGAGAUGGACAUCGACACAGACAUGGACAUGGAAGGUGAUGCUGCAGAUUCAGAAAACGAGGAAGCCUCACCUGAUGCCAUAUAUCAAGACUUCGUUCGCUCGCUGUCGGGGAAUCGUGCUUCGUCUCCGACGCCGCGAGAGGAAAUGCUCCCUCAAGUCAACGAGGCCAACGAGCGCCCGUUCCAAAACGUUUCUGGAGAUCUUCUCGAGCACAUAGCCGGUCCCGACUGUCAGCAAACUGCGGGAUACAACGGACACAAUAUCACCGCCGAAGAGAUGCGCGGCUGCUACACGGCUCAGUGCCUAGUGCCCAAGCCAAGUUGGUGGCAUCCUGAGCCUGAUGACGAGGAUUUCGAAGCCACGGCAGACUUCUUCCUCAGCGGCUUGACGGACUUGAUGCCGAGCCGAGACUAUAGUGACCCAACAGUCAUCCCCGUACGGCACGGUUGCAAUUUGCCAAGGACGGAUAACAACUUCUUUGACGAGAACAUCGCUCAUGAAGUGGCGAUGCCAUUUCACCCUACUUGUCUUGAAGUGUACAAGCGUGCCUCGGUCUGGAGGACUGGCGAGGUCAAAAUGCAAGACUUGAUGGACUGGUACCGUCUUGAGGCGGAUUUCCUUCAAUUUGACGCCUUUCCCAGAGACAUAGCAGCUAAACGCGGAAUGGAGCAGAUGUGGAGGCACAACCCCGGUGAUGAGUUUCUUGCUGCGAAUCCGUGCUUUCUGCCAAAAUUGGGACCUAUACUAGAAUCCGUCACCGCUUCCAAGUCGGUAGACUUGGAUUAUCAUCGGGCUGCGUUCGACCUGCAAGACCUGGAUAGUGCCCUACGGCUCAAUCCAAGCGACUCGUUCGCAUGUCUACCACCGGAGCUCCGAUACCAAUUGCUAUCAUACCUCGGCCCAAAGGACAUCGGGAAUCUACGUCUUGUCUCACGAGCCUUUCGACAGCUGCCCCAGUCGUUCUUCCAUCGGCUCCUCCUCCAGCACAUGCCGUGGCUGUGGGAAGCAUGGUCUCAUCUACCUUACUCCUUCUGGGCAACUACUUCCGCUUGGAACCUUCGACAAGAGGACAAUGCGUGGCAGGAAGAGAAGGACGAAUUCGAUAUCAUCAUACACAUCCUUGUAAACGAGGGUGGAAAUGAGGCUGCUCUGCAAGCAGUCAGAGCGAAGAUAGAAGCUCGCAAACUCGAGAUGCAGAAGUCCCGUCGGAGUAUCGACACACCAUUUCUGCCAAAGUCUCCGACCAAUUGGCGGCAAUUAGCUGAGGAUAUUGCGACCCAGUGGAAGGACCUCAAAGGCCUCAGGAACAGAGCCAGGAUCUGGAAGGACUGUGAAGAGAUUCUUGACAGGAUCGAGAGACACCGCGCGAAUGGAAGAAUGGGAAAUGGAAUCGUUGUUGAUCCAAAAGCAACUUGUCAGGAGUAUUAUAACAUUACCAGGAGGAAAAAUCAGGCGUGGCACAACUACGUGAAGGCAGGGAAGCCUAGAGAUGAGGAGUAUCGUUGGGAGGAAUGGGUCGACAGAUAG